GUCUAUCUCGCUCAUUUGAAGGGAAUUUACGUAACAAGAUUGGCUUUGAUGGUUUUCAUCAUGCUUAUCCGUUUCAAAGAAUCAAAAAAGAAUGGACCUUUCUCAUCCCAUUAAUCAUGAACAUUGGCUGUUCCCAACAAGCACUUCCUCAUCAUUCCGUUAUUAUAAUUCUAAUUCAUCAACAACAAAUACAUCAUGUCCUGAUUGGAUUCUCCAAAUGCCACAGGUUCCUCUCUCCAAUGCCGACCAGUGGUCCUUCACUGAGGAGUGUCCAGAUAUUAUUUCUGUACCAAUCACUUCUGGAUUAUUUCUCAUGUUUUACAGCUUGCUAAUUCUUCUCUGCUCUCUCGGGUUGUGUUGGAAACGAAAUAAUGGACACAUCAAGGCUAGAACACUCACUGGAAUGCUCUUUACCAUGUCGAGUAGUUUUCUAUUUGUUUUUGGAUUUGGAUUGAGAUAUGUGGUCGGGAGGGAAUACUAUCCGUGCUUCUUCUUUAGUAUGGUAUUUAUUGUGUUACCUCCCUGUUUGACAUUGCCUUCAACUUUAAGAACAUUGAGAUUGUUCAUCAAGUAUAAGGUCAAUAUGUAUAAAAAGCAACAUUUCGAACAGAAUCAAACCUUAUUGGAGAGGAGAGGUUUGACACCAGUAGUAGUUGGAGGGAUUGACAAUAUUUCAUCACUAUUCAAAGAUUCAUCAACACAGAAACAACCACAACAGACCAAGUCAGUCGCGCUAUUUCAAAACUCUGUGGCCACAGAUGAUGGCAACACCAUUACUAGGAGAAUUUCAGUGAUUGAAACAACAGGACUCGACAAUGUUCAAGAAUUUCUUAGUGUUCACAAAUUGGGAAGGAGAGAACAAUUCCUUUUCAAAAUGAAUUCACUCAUUUCGAGUAAUAGAUUUUCCGUGGAUGUUUUUAUUGGAUUCUUAUUGAUACAUUUGAUAAUUUGGAUUGUUUUGGCUUCCAUUGAGGAUACAUUCUUUGUAAAUAGUAGAUUCCUAAUGAAAGAAACAUCCAUGAUUAGUCUGAAAGGAUGUUAUGCCAACAUGACACCCUCCAUCAUUUCAGUUAUGCUGUACAUUUUCUAUUUGGGAAUGGAAUUUAUUUGUGUAAUGCUUUGCUUCAAAACCGAAGAUACAUGGUUCAUUAAGAAGGAAGCAAUUAUUCUUGUCAUUUUACAAGUACUAUUUGUCAUUACACAUAUUGUCAUUUCUACAAACAAUUACAUGUCACUCUUUCUAGAUCAUGUUGUGCCUCAAGGAUUAAUCAUGAUGACCUUCUCUACUCUAGAAGUUUUCAUUACCAUUCUCUUGCCAAUUUGCUACUCAAUUGCAAAAGAUUAUAGAGGACAUUUGGAAUUGUACAAUUCAGAAGUUGAGUUUUGUUUACACAAUAAGGAAGCUUUUGAAAUUCUCACAGAUUUCAGUCGAAAAAGUUAUUGUAUUGAGGGUGUUUUAUUUUUCAAGGAUGUGGAAACUUUUAAAGUCAACCGAAAUAGAGAGAUGGCUCUCCACAUUGUUCAGAGCUAUUUGAAUGAAGGAAGUACCUAUGAAUUGAAUAUUCCCAAUAUUGCAACUCACAGAGAGGAAAUACUUUACAAAAUUAACACCUCUCACACUGAUAAUCUGCCACAGAAUUUAUUUUCUCAACUCGAAUUUCUUUCCAUGCAUACUCUAUUGGAUGUUUAUGAUAGAUUGAAGAGAACUAAUCCUCGAAUUUGUGAAUUGGCAAUUGAAUGGCAACGACAAAUUCACAAACCAACUAACUUGCCAACUGUUGGAAAUGCAUCUAAUGUUGUUUGAUUCUUGUUGUGGAUUCAAACAACUGUUCGGAUUAGUAUUCGAUACGACGUAUGGAAAGCACAACCAAAACCAAGAGACCAUCAAAUGUCCUUUAUUACAACAAUAACAUCAACUACAGGAAAUGGAUUACAAAUUAUUCAACGUCCUUUUUUCCCUUUUACGAUCAAGCACCAAAUUCGUCCAAUUUCGUCUCUGUCACUGUAAAGAUUUUCUUUUGUUUGGGUAAACUUGCACUUAUUGGAAUGUCUGAUAAGAACGAAGCGAAAAUGCAACGAAACCAUGAAGAUAGGAGGUCUUAGCGAAAAAAUGAUUGAGGAAUCCAUUUUGCCAAUUUACCUAAUCUUAUUGUUUCAUUCUGUAGUCUUAUCUCUUGUUGUUUAAAUGCAAACAAAGAGCUUGUGGCAGGAAUCUUUUCAUAACCCAUUUAGACACCAGUUUCUUUAAAUUGAAUCACCUGCCGAAACAAUCAACACAAUUAAAAAAAAUGUCUUCAAGCUC